AUGGCUGAUAUUCGAAAUGAUGGACAAUCAAAAGUUGAUAUUGAAUCUGCAGAACUUUUAGGCGGUGAUAUUAACUUACAAAUGUAUGGAGUGUACCAGUAUAUGCCAACAAGCUAUGCCAAGGUUUCUGAUAGUUACUCAGAAGCCGCUGGAGGUAUGGCUGGUCCACCACCCCCUCCAUCGGUUGGACAAGGAGAAGAAGUAUCCGGUUUAUAUGUAUUUGCUAUCAGUGAACCAAUUUCAAUUGAUGCUAAAACAAAUUAUCUUUUACCAAUGUUUCGUCCACGAGUAACUGUGGAACGAUAUGCUUCUAUUUCAAAAUACUUCUAUGGUGCUGGAAAUGUAAAUGGUAAAGCCGAACGUGCAUAUCGUCUUUCAUCUGACCGUUUUCUUUCAAGUGGUAAUUGUAUUAUACGUGAAUCUGAUCGUCUUGUUGGUGAAACAUCUCUACCAGAUAUAGCUGCUAAAAACAAACAUGAAUUUUCCGUUGGUAAAGAUGCUGAUAUAGUCUACAAAGAAAAUGCAACAUUAGUCUCUUCAUAUACGACUAAUGUAACAACUUCAUAUUACAGUGUGAAACAAACACGAACACAAUCAACAUACGAUCUUGCUUUGACAUUGAAAAAUUACAAGAAUCGUCCAGUUAAUAUUGAGUAUCAACAACGGUUCCAUGGUCAAUCACUAAAAUUAAUGAAAAGUACUACAAAUUUUACACAAGAUGGUUCGACAAUUAAAGCUACAUUUACAUUAGCAUCUGGUGAAGAGAAAACAACUUCGUAUAAGUUUGAAGUAGUCAACUAA